GUCAAGCUUGUCUAGUUGUCACUUGUUUGUCAAUAUCUGUAUCAGAAUCUUUCAAUCUAAAAUCUAAAGUCUUUUUAAGUGAUUCUACAAAGUAGCUAUCAGACUCUUUUUGUUAAUGACUAUCGUACUAUAACUGAAUGCGUGUAUCAAUAAUUUACACUGAAAUCAGAACAAUAUGAUGGACGGAAACGAUUUAGCAUCUGAAACUACAAGAAGGAGUAUUAUUUCCCAAGCCUGGACUCGUAUUUCGCAGGUAUAUCAAGGAACACUAGAUAAAUGGACACCCCACUCAAAAUCAAGAUGGAGUGGAAGUAUAUUUCUUUUAUUGGUUUUUAUGCUAAGAAUAUUCACAAAACAAGGGUGGUAUAUAGUCACAUAUGCUCUUGGAAUUUAUCAUUUGAAUCUGUUCAUUGCAUUCCUGACACCAAAGAUAGAUCCUGCUAUGGAUUUUGAUGGUGACGAUGAUAAUGGUCCAGCUUUACCUACUAGAUCAACUGAGGAGUUUAGGCCCUUCAUACGAAGAUUGCCAGAAUUUAAAUUUUGGCUUUCUGUUACCAAAAGCACACUUGUUGCCAUUGGGUGUACUUUUAUUGAUGCUUUUAAUAUACCAGUAUUCUGGCCGAUAUUAGUUAUGUAUUUUAUUACACUAUUUUGUAUCACCAUGAAGAGACAAAUCAAGCAUAUGAUCAAGUACCGGUAUCUACCGUUUACUCACAGCAAGCCCAAAUACAAAACUGUGGAAUCCACAGUUACUGUGAACUGACGAAACACCUGGCUACCUAUCCAUAUAAAGCGGAGUGCAUAGUUAAAUUAAAUUAAAAGCUGUUGUAUGAUUCUAUAAAUACAAUUUUUAUUAUAAUAUU